GCUCCCCGUCUGCACCCCGGAGAGGGGCGACACCGGGCGAGAGCGCCCGAGGGAUGCCGCACGUCCCCGAGGGCGGGGAGACCGCCGAGAAGAACCCGUCGCCGCGGAAGCCGGUGGACAAGGAGCUGGUGGAGCCGUACCGGAGGAACGGGGCAGCAGAACCUGGACGGGACGGGGCUGGAGGAGCCGGCCGUGUUGUCGCCCCUGUCCUCCGAUUCCGGGGAGGCGGGGGAGCGGAACUCUUGUAGCGAGGGGGACGAGUGCUGCAUUGUCAGCGUCGGGACUCAGCCGUCCAGCUCCGACCGCUCCCUGCAGGCCCUGGAGACUGUGCAGGAGGAGCUCAGGGCCGUCAACGAGCGCGCCGACCGGGCGCUGCUGCAGCUCAAGAGGCGGUAUGGACAGCUAAGGAAGCCGCACAUCCAGAAACGCAAUUCCAUCAUACGCUCUAUCCCCGGGUUCUGGGUCACCGCUUUUCUCAAUCACCCUCAGCUGUCUGCUAUGAUCAAUGAUCGGGAUGAGGACACGCUGAGUUACAUGAACAACUUACAGGUGGAGGACAUCACACACCUGAAGUCAAGCUGUAAAAUCAAAUUCUAUUUCAACUCCAACCCUUAUUUCAAGAAUGACAUCAUCAUCAAAGAGUUCCAGUACGGCCCCUCCGGGCGCCUCACCUCCCACUCCACUCCCAUUCGAUGGUGGCGGGGGCAAAACCCAGACUCGUACCAAGGAAAAUCUGCCAAUGCCACACCGAGUUUUUUCAGCUGGUUCAACGAUCACAGCUUUCCGGCAGCGGACCGUAUAGCGGUGGUAAGUUCCCUAGGAUGUAUUCACCGUAUUUAUCGCCAUAACAUACCAUGUCUCUGUCUACGGGUCCCAGGAUGGUCAGAUGUGAGCGAUUUGUCAGGGUAG